UUCCUGGUUAUUUGAGGUGUCUCCAGGGCAUAUCCGCUGAAACCCCACCUCCUCUUCACUGUCCACUGAGUUUGGGACCCGCUGCUGGUCGCGUGCUUGGCCCUGUAGCGUCGCUAGCCGCGCUCCCCACCUCCUGCUGUGGCGCCUCGCCGCUCACCUCCCCACCCCACCUGCCCGCUGUGGCUCUCCGCCGGAGAUCUCACCGUUUAGGAGACAGAGUUCACUCUCUCACUGGAGACUGGAAGGACAGGCUGUCUGGGCCUUAGGAAAGGUCCAUGCUGUAUAAGGCACGGGGAAAGAAAAGAAAGAAAAGCAAUGCACAAGAAGGAACGCUUCCACCUGCCGCUUCCUGCCGGCUGCCGGCCUCCCUUCCUAAGCUGAGCUAAGGCUUCCUCUCCACCGGCUGGGGUCGGGGCUCCAGGAGGCCUCGGCGGGUCCUCAUUGGCCCGGACAGCGUCUCUCACGAAGGGUCAUGAACCGGCAUCAUGAGCUUCACCUGGGAACUGAUUACAAAUGCAAAUUCCCUCGACCCCACCCAGACCCACGCCACGGGCAGCUGUGGAGUGGAGGGCAGCGAUGCGCGCGUUAACAGCCUUCCAGGUGAUUCUGCCACACGGAGGAAAGAAUGGGAGAAGGGAAGGGGAGAGGCAGGCGGCUUUUUUGCGGCUGAUUGGACACCUGUCCUGCCCCUUCGCGGGCUUCUUAGCCUGGGCGUGGGCAGUCGCCCUUCGGCCAGCGGGGAUGAGGUUGCGCUGCGCUCCGGUAGUACCGAUGGCGUGACUGGUCCCGCGCGGAGCAGCGACGCUGCGCAGCCAUCCCGCUCCUCCGCCCCGAGCCAUGAAUCUCAGCAGCACCAGCAGCACGGAGGAAAAGGCAGUGAAGACCGUGCUCUGGGGCUGCGAGCUCAGUCAGGAGAGGCGGACUUGGACCUUCAGACCCCAGCCGGAGGGGAAGCAGGGCUGCAGGCUGUUGCUUCAUACGAUUUGCUUAGGGGAGAAAACCAAAGAGGAGAUGCAUCGCGUGGAGAUCCUGCCUCCAGGAAACCGAGAGGACAAGAAGACGCAGCCAGUCACCAUUGCCUCGCUCCAGGCCUCAGUCCUCCCCAUGGUCACCAUGGUUGGAGUACAGCUUUCUCCCCCAGUUACUUUCCAACUCCGGGCUGGCUCAGGACCUGUGUUCCUCAGUGGCCAGGAGCGUUAUGGUAAGUCAGAGCAAACCUGGGAGGAGGAGGAGGAAGAAGAAGGGGAAGAGGAAGAAGAGGAAGAGGAGGAGGAAGAUGAUGAGGAUGAGGAUGUAGAUAUAUCUCUGGAGGAGGAAUCCCCUGUCAAACAAGGCAAAAGGCUGGUGCCCCAGAAGCAGACAAGCGUGGCUAAGAAAAAAAAGCUGGAAAAAGAACAAGAGGAAGUAAGGCCAAAGCCACACCCAGAUCCAAAAAGCCAGGAUUCAAGAAAUGAGGAGCUACGCUUUGGGGGCCACAAUGCAGAGUGGGCCUUCCCCAGCCUGUGCUACAGGGACAGAGCACCCCUGCCCCACCCCUGCAUUUGUCUGAAUAUGACGGGGUGUUGUGGGGGCAACACGAGAGCCCUUCCCCCCCACUCUCCACUUUCAGGAGGCCUCGAGUGCAGACCCCCACCUCGGGUCACAAUAAAGUUGUCUGGUCAGGACUUCCCUUCUCUUCCCUGUUGCUGGCCUCCUUACCCACUGCACCAGCCCAAGUGCCCGGCAGAGGGCGGCCUUGAACCAGCGCACCCGGGCCCUGAGGUCAUGCCCCCCUCCCUGGACCCACCCCCCUCAGCCUGAGGCUGCUGUGUCCCUCCUGCUUGGCACCACUGAUUCCCUCCCAGUGGCGAGGGACGAGCCUAGAGUCUGCCCUGUGCUGAGCCGGGUAUCAGGUGGUUUCCAGCCGGAACACUCCCUCUGGGCAGGGCUAGGUUUCCAGGCACCCAGGGGCUUUGGCUGCUCAUGGUACCAGAAAGGGCCUCGCCCUAGGGGGUCUUCUCCCGGCCCUACCCUUGUCAGGCAGCUACUGUGUGUAGAGCAUCUAUAGCGACCUCAGGGACACUUGCUCUCCUUGCUUGCUUCUGUUAGGGGCCAGCUCUUGUCACAGGGACCUCCCAAGUGUGAAGAUCUGUGUCAGACAGGAACCAGAGGCCCGCACCCUCAGGAAACCUUCGAAGUGGGGUAGAUGGGGUGAGCUUUAAAGAGGCACCAUGUGCUCUGGAGCAGGGCUCAGUCAAGUAUAGGGGUGAGGCCAAGAGAGAAGUAGCAAAUGGGGUGGGGGACCCCUGCCCUCCCUGCCCUCUCCCUGGUGUGCAGAGGGGACUCCGGAGGGCGGUCCACCCAGGGGUGGCCCUGGCGCAGUUUCUGGAGCAGACGGACACACAGAUGGGCCCCUACUCGGGGUGAUCAUUUGGCGCUGCUGCUGGCUUCUCCCUGCCCCUCCCCAGCACCCUCUGGGGCCAGGCCUGAAGUGAGCCAGUGGGGAGCUGGCCCUGGCAUCCUGCCAAGGACCCCCAGGUGUGGGGCCCAGCAGGUCGGAGCUCUUUGAACACCUGCCCAGGAAAGUCAACAGCCAGGCUUGGCCUCCUGUCCAGCUAUAGCUUCUCUUGAGACCAGAGACAGAGGUAGAAGCGGCCAGGUUGGGAUUCUUUAUUA